AUGAACGCGAAGCAGCUGCAGCCAGCAUCACGCUCUCAUAAAUUUCAAUCGCACAUCAUCAAAAAGUCGAAGAAGAAUCAAUUAAGACCACCACGUACCGCUGGCCUGCGAACGCUCUCAGAGCUCACGCAAGAGUUGACCAAAGCUGGGUUGGAUCCGAGCAGUGUCCAGGAAUGUGCGGAUGAGCGGAGAUGCUUGCUAGAAUCCAGGGUGCCAAGCGGAAAGUCUCCGGAAAGGUCUAUGCUGGUCUAUGCUUUGUCGGUCGCGGUACCAAUGGACUACAGCCCAGCCUGCCCUAGUACAGGCCACUGGCGAAAGUGA